AACGAGGCGCAGAAGGACGCGAAGAACGACGCCAAGAAGGACGAGCCCAAGCCGAUGGUGGUGCCGCCCGAGUCCAAGCAGAAGCAGGACCUCGCCUUCCUGAAGGGCGACUGGCGCUCGCGCACCGGCCUCGCCACCGCGACCGGCGAGAAGGACAUCCGCCCCUCCUACACGCUCGACGACAAGGGCAAGGGCAAGGUGUCGUUCACGCAGAAGAACGGUGCGGCUUGCGAGGCCCCGGCCGAGGCGCGCUGGGAUGGCACGAAGCUGGUGAUCGAGGAGAAGAGCAAUCCGCGCUGCAGCGACGGCAAGACCUAUGCCCGCAACACCGUCAACUGCGAGAUCGGCGCCGAUGGCGCGGCGCAAUGCAAGGGCAGCCAGCCCGGCGAUCCGCGCAGCUACAAGGUGCAGAUCGGACGUUGA